AGACUGGAGAGAUCGAGAAGACCGAGAGUGGAAGAGUGCACAAAGUGUAAAGAAAGAAAGAAAGAACUUCCUCGAAAAAGAGUGAAGGAGGAAGCAGCGGGUAGAUGCCGGAGUAUUGCGUGACCGGGGGGACGGGCUUCAUAGCCUCUCACCUCGUUAGAGCACUGCUGGCCAAAGGCCACACAGUCCGGGCCACCGUCAGAGAUCCAGGGGAUGAGGCCAAGGUUGGCUUCUUAUGGAGCUUUGAUGGAGCCAAGGAGAGGCUCAGGUUGGUGAAGGCUGAUCUGUUGGUUGAAGGAAGCUUCGAUGAGGCCGUGGACGGAGCUGAUGGCGUCUUCCACACGGCGAGCCCAGUGUAUGCUCUCCCUGGCCAAAACAUUCAGGAAGCUCUGAUUGAUCCAGCCAUUAGAGGCACAGCAAAUGUGCUCAACUCCUGCUCUAAAGCAAACUCGGUCCGGCGUGUCGUGCUCACCUCCUCCUGCGCGGCACUCAGGUAUCGAGACGAUGUGACUGCCGCCUCCCCGCUCGACGAGUCGCACUGGAGUGACCUCGAGUACUGCAAAAGAUACAACAUGUGGUAUGCUUACGCUAAGACGCUGGCUGAGAAAGAGGCAUGGCAACUGGCAAAGGAAUAUGGCAUUAGUCUUGUGGUUGUGCUCCCAUCUUUUGUUGUAGGGACGUUGCUUACGCCACAGCCCACAAGCACCCUCAAAACGCUACUAUCCAUCAUAAAAGGAGAGCGCCCUUGUUAUCCUAACAGGAAGGGGGGAUUCGUGCACAUUGAUGAUGCGGUCCUCGGCCACAUUUUGGCAAUGGAGGAGAGCAGAGCCUCAGGAAGGCUCAUUUGUUCAGGCAGCGUAGCUGAUUGGUCCGAGAUUGUGGAGAUGCUGAGAGCCAAAUAUCCAUCCUAUCCAAUCCCCAACAAUUUAGGCGUGGCGAUGAGCAUGGAGAGGACAACCCCCACAGCAUGGAUACCACUAAGAUCAGGGACCUCGGGAUGCCGCCUUUCAAGACUAUCCCCCAGAUGCUUGAUGAGUGCGUCAAGAGUCUCCAAGAGAAGGGAUUCUUGUGAAGCUCUUCGUUGUUGAAGGCCAUCCGACACUUGGGAACAGCAAUAUGUGCUAUAUCUAUAUCAAUUUAAGAUGUUUUGAUUGUUUUGAUCUACUCCAUUAGCGUCAAGAAUUUUCUGUGACUAAAGAUGGAUUUCUCUGCUCGAUCUACCAUCUCCGGAGGUCAGACAACAACGCUUUGGCUGGAACUUAUGAUCUCGGAAGUCGUAGGCGGUGUCAGGAUUCAUGGUGCACUUUUUAUUUUGGAAAGCCAAAUUCGAGCUUUAGACCAAAUCCGCGUUAUUAAAGUGCUGGGUAUUUCCACAGUCGAAGAAAUGUCUUCUUUUUAAAAUUAUAGAAAAAAUACAGAGUACAUGUCUUAGAUCGUUUUUGGAUAUAAAAAAAUGUCUUAGAUCGUUUUUGGCUACUAAAA